AUGUUGCAGGCGAGCGCCAAAGCCAAGGAUCGGAGGGCCCGGGACAGGGCGAGCCGACUGUUGAGGCGUUUUGCCUUCGACUGCCCGGCAGUCGCUGAGGACUUGUCUGGCAUGGGCUCCGCCUGGCUGGCUUCGCCCAACGCCGCCAGCGGAGAAGCAGGCUUGGCCGGGGAUCUGUUCGCCGUGUCGGCGAUACGCUUGGGAACCCGAGCUGCGAACUAUGCAGUUUGGUCCGCCUCGAACGCUUCGGCGCGCGAAGCCAUGAGCCGGAGUCAGCACAGCGAGGUGCUGCAUGCGGCAAAGGUUGCCAAAUCGCUUUCGCCUCGCCAAUGCAAGAAGAAGGCCUUCGACCGCCCUUCGCUGCUGAGCCCCGGCAAAUCCCAUCCCUGGGGAUGUCCCGAGGUGGCUCCCCGAGACUUCGCUACGCGCUGUUUGCGCAGCCGCGGCGAGUCGCUGCCUUGCGUCUUGCGCGGAGCUGCGGCAGACCUUCUCAAAAAAGAUUUCCCUUUGGACAGGCCCUUGGAACCCUGGUUGGCGACAGGAGGAAACGAGACGGUGAAAGUCUCAUUUCCGUACGAGGGGCUGGGUGGAGUGGCGUCGCUGAACCGCAUCGAGGGGUCGAGCCGCGUCCUGGAGCGGCAGGGCGCCAACCGCAGUGACGGCGCCCCGGCCUGGGCUCUGCUUCGCCCAGGCAACUGGCACAUGCGCCUGGCGGAUGCCGUAGCCUUUGCUGAACGACACCCGUCCCAGGCGAUCUACAUGAACCAGGUCAUGCUGCCUGACCUCGGAGCCAAGGCGCUCCAGAUGUUGCGAACACCAGCUUGGGCAAAGACUCUCAAGUUGGUGCAGCCAUCGUUGUGGCUUACAGCAGACGUUGCCCUGACCGGCUUCCACACUGAUGGCCCGGAGAACCUGCUGGCACAGCUUUCCGGCAGCAAGGAGCUGACUCUACUCCGGCCGAGCGAGAAGUCGAAGCUGGCAUACGAGGCCAAUACAACCUCCAUCGAAAGAGCUCAGGCCACUCGGCACUUGAUGUCGGUGCCAAGCCGGAGGAUGUCCCGCCCGAGCUGCUCAACAACUACAACGAGGCCGAGGGUGCUCGAUGUCAUCUUCGAGCCGGCGAUGUCUUGUACAUACCAGCUCAGUGGCAUCACGCAGUUCUGA